GCGUCCUACUUGGUGUCAGCCUGUGUCAGCGGGUGAGCGGCCGGCGCUGAACGAGCUCGCUCGCGGCAAGUCAGGAGCCACCAUGAUCUCUCUCAGGUCGACCGGACGGCGGCGGGCAGCAGACAUCGCGCCAUUGCAUGUAAGAGCAAGCGCAUCAUUCAAGUCCUCGCUGUUGAACGAACCUAGCAGCGCUUUUGCAGAUGGAACUCCACGGCCACCGUGUCCCACCCCGCCGGCGGCCACCUCCCAUCCAUAGCCACCUCUUCGUUUCUCCGGUCAACACGCGAUUCAGCCCUCCGCACGCAUGGCAUACACUGGACAGACGAACAGGAGACAGGCUCGUCCGAUGCUCUCAUCGCGGGACGCGAAACGCGCAAGAUGAACAUGUACCAGGCAGUCCGAGACGCGUUGAGUAAUGCCAUGAUGAGAGAUGACACAGCUGUAGUGUUCGGUGAAGACGUGGCGUUUGGGGGGGUGUUCCGUUGUACGAUGGGGUUGGCGGAAGAGUUUGGCAGAGAGAGGGUAUUCAAUACACCAUUGAGCGAACAAGGUAUCGCUGGUUUCGGGAUAGGAAUUGCUGCUAUGGGCCAGACGGCAAUUGCUGAGAUUCAGUUCGCGGACUACAUCUUUCCCGCAUUUGACCAGAUCGUCAAUGAAGCCGCCAAGUAUCGUUACCGCUCAUCCGGUCAAUUCCAUGCUGGGUCACUCACCAUCCGGUGCCCUUCUAUGGCGGUUGGUCAUGGCGCUCACUAUCACUCCCAGAGUCCAGAGGGCUUCUUCAUGGGUGCUGCAGGAAUCAAGAUCGUCAUUCCGCGAUCUCCUACGCAAGCGAAAGGGUUGCUGUUGGCAUCUAUACGCGACCCGAACCCAGUGAUCUUCAUGGAACCAAAGAUUCUUUACCGUUCUGCCGUCGAGCAAGUUCCUGUGGAUGACUACCAAUUACCUCUGGCGCGCGCAGAAACGCUCGUGCGAGGUUCCGAUCUAACCUUGCUUUCAUGGGGCACGCCUAUCUACUACUGCGAAGCCGCGAUGCAUAUGCUCGCGAACCCCUCCGGAGCUCUCUCGCCUCAUGUGCCACCAUCGAUUCGUGGCGCGAAAGUGGAACUCAUAGACUUGCGCACCAUACUUCCGUGGGACGUCGAUACUGUCGUCGAGAGCGUCAACCGGACGGGCAGACUUGUCGUUGUCCACGAAGCCGGUCGGACUGGUGGAGUCGGUGCUGAGGUUGGUGCCGAGAUACAGAAGAGGUGCUUUUUGAAGCUCAACGCACCCGUCAAGCUUAUCACGGGAUGGGACAUUCCCGUUCCUAUGCAAUUCGAGAAAUUCUACAUGCCUGAUUCUCUGCGGAUACUUGAUGGUGUUGUUGAGACACUGACUUACUGAUUGCGAUACCACCGGUUUACUAUGUGGGAUUACGCUGGCUGAUACCAUUGUAUAUUAGCGCAAGGAAACUGUAUACGAAGUCACUGCAUCAGAUGAAUGCAUGCUGAACAUGUACGCCUUCAACAGGUUUUGCAU